AUGGAGUGCAGAGAGGAUGAGUCUGACGGUUUUAUCACAGACAAAGAUAAAGAUAUUUUGCGGUAUUACUAUUAUAUAACCCAUGGAAUCGAUGAUGUUUAUGUGGGUUCAAUGGAUCUUAAUCUUUUGGGAAACAUCUUGAGAAUGGUCCCUGUCAGGUGGCAAAAAAAAUUCAAGGAGUCUGUGUCAUGCUUGGUGAAAGAAGUAAAAGAAGAGUAUGUGUUUAAUGUGAAGAAAUCAGUUGUAGAAUUCGUUGUCGCGUGUCCGUCACAUCCUUCGGGGAAUAAGUUGAUUCUAUUCGAGACAGGGGAGCGAGACGAAACAAGUCGAGUCUCAGAGGAACAUUAUUCGGCCAGUUAUCAAUGGAACAAAGCGAAAUUGGAAAAAAGAAUUAUUCUUUAUUGUCCAGCUGUUCGACGAAUCGUCGAUUACUGGUAUCGAGAGUUCAGUGACAGAAAGGUGAUAGACGAAAGUCAACUAAUGGCGCGUGGUGCGUCAUACGAUCUAGCUACUUUUGAAGAAGCGAUAUUAAGAAUGUGUCAUAAGAUGAGAGAAGAUCUUGUAAAGUAUUGGUUGCCGAAAGUUCAGUCUAUACUGUUGACGGCAUUUGAAAGGAACGAGUUACCUUCGAGGCUUAAGAGAUUUUUCAAUUGUGUCGCUUUCAUUAUGGAAGAUCAAUUGCGAAAGCUUUGUCUCCGAUCAAUGGAAGAGUAUAUUAAUUACAGUUCGAAGGCGGGCUCUGUGUACUACGGGUUCGACAUAAAGUUGAUCAUAAGGAACACAGUUGGCACGUUCGAACCAACGUUUAAAGUUUACAUGGAAGCCUUGUCAACGCUGCUAAAUGAAUUGCGAGAAGUAGUCAAUGGAUUACCACGCAUCGAAACAUUAUUAGAAACUGACUGUUCUGGCCGAACUUUACUCGAGCCGAACAUAUCGGAAGAAUACAUGGAAGAGUGUGCGGAGAAAAUUACGAAGCUAAUUAACAAAGGAAAAAUUGGUCCGGAACGGCAGAUAGAGGAAUUUGAAAAAUAUAAGAGUUUAAUAAACGAUACGGAAGCUGGGAAGGUUCAAGAACUCUUGAACGGGAAUAUCGGUGAAAAUUUCGAGCGCGUUCGAGCUCUGAUAAUAUAUUAUGAUCGCCUGUCUCGUCAAAUACCGGUCGAAUUUAAUCGGACACAUUUUAGUGAAUUUUUCGUCGUUCAUAGAGAACAAUUUAUAUAUCAUAUUUGUUCGGUUGCUCGAAGGCACAGGGACGAGUUAGUAGCUAGAAUGAUUGUUGAUUAUCAGCAAAAAUCUCGAGCUAUAGGGGAUGUCUAUCAGCAUAUCGUAGACCGAGCACUCAGUGUACCAGCGAAUACGAUGGAAUUGAUCCAACUUCGAGAAUUUAUUCGCAUUUCAGAAACGGAAACUGCGAUUCACUUGAAAAAACGUUUAAAAGAAAUUAUUAUGUACAUUAUUUUUCUGUCUGAUUUCUCAAUCUUGACUCCCGUCGAACUGAAAACCAAUAACUUUCCGUUUCAAUGGUAUCACAAGCUACCCCAAGUAUUCGAGCAGCACAGAGAGAUAAUAGCAAGUAAGACUGGAGAAUAUCAGAAGAGCCUGCGCAAAAGGAUUGAACAAUUUGAACGGGAGCUCCAGACUUACGCGAAGCAUUGCAAUGAAUUGCAAUACUGGGGUAACAUAGAAGAAAUAUAUCGAUAUAAACGUAAGGCCGACCGUCUGGAAAAUAAACUGAUCACCGCGAUGACCAUCAUCGACAGAUUCAACGAGGAGGAAGAACUAUUUGGUUGGGAGCUAUCGCAGUAUCCGUUACGGAAAGCGACUGCAGACAAAUUAAUGCCGUACAAAAAACUGUACGAUGCCGGUUGUGAUUUCUUAACGAAUUACGAUACAUGGAUGAAUUCUAUGGUGGGUUCUCACGAUCCAGAGGAGAUCGACACAGCGAUAGGAAUCGCUUAUCGCACAGUCUACAGGUUGGAGAGGUCUAUCCAAGAGCCAAUUGCUAAGAAGCUUGCUGAAACGGUAAGAACGAAAAUAGAAGAGUUCAAGGAGCACGUGCCUGUGAUAUCCACCCUUGGAAAUCCAUCGAUGAAGAAUCGUCACUGGGAACAAGUUUCCGAGAUAGUCGGCUUUCCGAUAAAGGUCGAUCAGUCGAUGACACUUGCCAAGAUUCUCGAUUACGGUUUGCUGGAUUAUGUUUCGAAAUUCGAAGGAAUAUCGGAAGCAUCUACGAAGGAAGGUAGCUUGGAGAAAGUCCUCCUUCGAAUGCAUCAGGAUUGGGAAUACAUUACGUUCACCGUUAAUCCUUAUCGAGAUACCGGCACAUAUGUGAUCGCUAGCGUCGAUGACAUACAAUUGCUUUUGGACGAUCAUUUGACUAAAGCUCAGACUAUGAAGAAUUCUCAUUACAUUCGACCUUUCGAGAAAGAGACAUUGGAAUGGGAAUCAAAGUUACUCUUGUUGUUGGAUAUUAUGGAUUAUUGGCUACAGGUUCAAGCAACGUGGAUGUAUCUUGAGCCAAUAUUUUCUUCGGCUGAUAUUCAGCAACAAAUGCCGGAAGAAGGUCGGCGAUUUAGUGCAGUGGACAAAAUCUGGAGAGAAAUUAUGCAGCUUGUGUCAUCCGAUCCUCGAGUUAUGUCCGUAAUUGAAAUAGAUAAAAUGCUCGAACGUCUAAAGAAAUGCACCAAUUUACUCGAUCUGAUACAAAAGGGAUUGGCUGCAUACUUGGAGAAAAAGAGGCUAUAUUUCCCACGAUUCUUUUUUCUGUCGAACGAUGAACUUUUAGAAAUAUUGUCGGAAACGAAAGACCCUACAAGAGUACAACCGCAUUUAAAGAAAUGCUUCGAGGGUAUUGCUCGUCUGAGUUUCACGGAUGAUUUGGAAAUAAUAUCGAUAAAAUCAUCCGAAGGAGAGGAAAUUAUUCUUGAAGAUAUCGUUUCUACCGCAGCAGCUCGAGGACAAGUCGAAAAGUGGUUGCUCGAGCUUGAAUCUUCAAUGAAAAAGAGCGUCAGAGCGCAGGUAAUUCGAGCAAAGGACGCGUUUUUAAAGGAAAUCAGAUCACAAUGGACUCUAAACUGGCCUGGACAAACUAUUUUAUGCGUUGGCAAACUUUAUUGGACAGCCGAUGUAACGAACGCACUGUCAAAAUCGUUAACCAGUUUAGAGAAUUACAUUCACACGUGUACGAACGAGUUGAACGAAAUUGUGAAAUUAGUUCGUGGUAAAUUAUCAUUACAGAAUCGUACAACUUUAGAAGCAUUAGUUACUUUGGACGUUCAUAGUCGAGACGUCGUAAACCUGUUGUUUGAGGAAGGAGUUCGCGAUGUAACAGACUUCGGAUGGUUGGCUCAACUACGAUAUUAUUGGACGAAUGACGAUCUAUGGGCAACAAUGAUAAAUACUUCAUUGAUGUACGCUUACGAGUAUUUAGGGAAUACAUCCAGACUCGUAAUAACACCCUUAACAGACAGAUGUUACCGAACUUUGUUUAGCGCGUUAAGCUUAAAUCUUGGCGGCGCGCCUGAGGGUCCUGCCGGAACCGGUAAAACUGAGACGACCAAGGAUUUGGCUAAAGCCGUGGCUAAACAAUGCGUCGUUUUCAAUUGUUCCGAUGGUCUUGAUUACAUCGCACUAGGAAAGUUUUUUAAGGGAUUGGCAAGUUCGGGUGCAUGGUCUUGUUUCGAUGAAUUCAAUCGUAUCGAUUUAGAAGUAUUGUCGGUGGUGGCCCAACAAAUUCUUACGAUUCAACGGGCCGUGAAUUCUGGGAACGAAAUGCUCGUGUUUGAAGGUACCGAGAUCAAAUUGGAUCCAACUUGCGCCGUAUUUAUCACGAUGAAUCCUGGGUACGCCGGCAGAAGCGAACUUCCGGAUAAUCUGAAGGCGUUGUUUCGACCGGUCGCUAUGAUGGUUCCCGACUAUGCUUUGAUAGCGGAGAACACGCUAUAUUCUUACGGUUUCUACGAAGCACGUCCGUUAUCGGUAAAAAUUGUCACAACAUACAGACUGUGUUCCGAACAACUUUCCAGUCAAAAUCAUUACGAUUAUGGAAUGAGGGCAGUGAAAUCCGUCCUCAUAGCAGCUGGUAAUCUGAAAAUAAAGUAUCCGGAACAAGACGAAGAUAUUAUAGUACUUCGUAGCAUUAAAGAUGUAAAUUUACCCAAAUUCCUUAGCGAGGAUUUACCAUUGUUCAAUGGAAUCAUGUCCGAUCUUUUUCCCGGUGUCACUCUUCCGGAAGCAGAUUACAGUGAAUUGAAUGCGUGUACUUACGAUGCUUGCAUUGCAAUGAAUUUGCAAUGCACACCUGUAUUUUUGGAGAAAAUACAGCAGAUGUAUGAGAUGAUGAUUGUUAGGCACGGAUUUAUGAUCGUUGGACUGCCUUUUGCUGGAAAAACUGCAGCCUGUGACAUACUAGCAGAUGCGUUAAAGCUUUGCGAAGAACGAAACUUGAUAAACGAGCGUAAAGUAGAUAGGUUCGUGAUUAGUCCGAAAGCCGUUACAUUGGGUCAACUGUACGGACAAUUCGAUCCGAUUUCUCACGACUGGAGCGAUGGCGUAUUAGCCAUCAGUUAUCGUACUUUCGCAACUUCGAGCAGUCAAGUUCGGAAAUGGUUAAUCUUUGACGGCCCUGUCGACGCGAUAUGGAUAGAAAGCAUGAACACUGUGCUGGACGAUAACAAGAAACUUUGCUUAAUGAGCGGAGAGAUUAUCCAAUUGGCACCCUAUACGAAUAUGAUAUUUGAGACAAUGGACUUAGAGGCAGCCUCGCCGGCCACUGUAUCCCGUUGUGGAAUGAUUUACAUGGAACCGGAAGCAUUAGGCUGGGAUCCUCUCCUUAAAUCAUGGAUAGCCAAUGCUCCACCUGUAAUGGAUAAAUGGUUCAGAAACUUUAUGUAUCAGUCGCUCUUUCGAAGAUUUUGCGAUCCAUUACUCUAUUGGUUGCGGCAUAGUGAUAUUGAGGAAAUAUGUCCAAUGCCAGAUUCGAAUCUGGUACGUUCGCUAACUUAUUUAUUGGAUUGUUUUAUCGACGAGUAUCACGACGAAAAGGUGACCAAGGAUAUGGACGAGUUGGAUCUACGAGCGCAAGUCGAGGGCUCAUUUUUCUUCUCGUGCAUCUGGGCUCUAGGGGGUACUUUGGCGGUGAGUUAUAGGGAACGUUUCAGCAUUCUGUUUCGCGGUUUCCUCGAAAAAGACUUCCCCACGAAUUUGUUGAAAAUGUUUGGGCUGACAAUGUCGAUAGAAGCCCCUUUAAAGCCGUAUAUAUUUGUAAUGCCACGAGACGGGCUGGCGUUUGAUUAUAGAUUCAUCAAAGAGGGUAAAGGAAAGUGGAGAUUAUGGUCCGACGAACUGCUCGACGGCACGUCGAUUCCUCGUGACAUUCCUGUGAAUCAAAUUAUAGUGCCUACGGUAGAAACGAUACGGUACACGUCUCUGUUUCGACUGUUAGUUGGCAAGGAGAAGCCGGUGCUAUUCGUAGGCCCAACCGGGACUGGAAAGUCUGUUUACAUAAUCGAUUUUCUCCUGAAAAAGAAUAAUCCUGCGGUGAAUAAGCCGCUGAUUAUAAAUUUCUCUGCACAAACAACAACGAACCAAACUCAGGACACGAUUAUGGUUAAACUCGACAGGAGACGAAAGGGUGUUUACGGUGCACCGAUAGGUAAACGUUGGAUCGUCUUUGUUGACGAUCUUUCAAUGCCGUUGAAGGAAAUUUAUGGAGCUCAACCCCCUAUAGAACUGUUACGUCAGUGGUUGGACCGCGGGGAAUGGUACGACAGGAAAGACAAAACAAUGAUGAAACUGAUUGACGUUCAUUUGAUGUGCGCCAUGGCUCCACCGGUCCAAGGCGGAAAGGACGUCACACCCCGAUUCAAGAGGCAUUUUGUCGUGCUAACGAUAUCGGAAUUCGAGGACGCGGUAAUGACGAUGAUAUUUAGCAAGAUUGUUCUCUGGCACCUCGACACAAGGGGUUUCAGCAAAGAAUUCGAUCCGUGUAUCGACGAGAUCGUUCUAGCCACGUUGGACAUAUACAAGCAAAGUGUUCACAAUCUUCUGCCAACGCCCGCCAAAUGUCAUUACGUCUUCAACCUUCGAGAUUUUUCAAGAGUGAUACAGGGUGUUUUGUUAUCCGUUCCUGAAACGAUGCCAACACUGACAAAUAUGAGAAGACUCUGGGUUCACGAAGUACUCCGUGUCUUUGGAGAUCGAUUGAUAAAUCAAGAAGAUUUGUCGUGGCUGGUCGAACAAAUACGUAUUACCUUAAAGAACCGAAUGAACGUGGUUGUUGAAGAAUUGUUCGAGGACCUUGUGUCCCCGAAAGGUGCAGCAGCUAGUGAAUUUAUCACCGAAAAGGAACUUCGUAACUUAGUGUACUGCGAUUUUGCGGACGCGAAGCUAGAUACCCAACUUUAUCAAGAGGUGACGGAUCUCGAGCAAUUACGAGAAGUAGUUGAAACUUACCUCACCGAAUACAACACGAUGACUAGGAAACCCAUGAAUUUGGUCUUAUUUCGAUUCGCCGUGGAACAUUUGUCUCGUAUCUCCCGUAUUAUCAAGCAACCACGAAGUCAUGCUCUGCUCGUUGGCGUUGGAGGUUCGGGAAGACAGUCGCUCACUAGACUAGCAUCUCAUAUAAGCGACUAUGAUGUUUUCCAAGUCGAAGUCACUCAACAGUACGGAGUUCAUGCAUGGCACGAAGAUGUCAAGGGAAUCUUGAAACGUGUAACUAGCACCGAACUUCACUCUACCUUCAUCUUUUCCGAUACUCAAAUCAAGGAGGAAAGCUUUCUCGAGGACAUUAGUAAUAUGCUUAACACCGGGGAGGUACCAAACAUGUUUAUGGCCGAUGAACUGGCAGAGAUAUGCGAGCAGAUGAAGCAAAUAGACAGGCAACGGGAUCGAUCCGUACAGACCGACGGAAGCGCGGUGGCUUUGUUUAAUCUUUUCGUUCAGAUAACUCGCGAUCAACUGCACAUCGUAGUAGUCAUGUCGCCGAUAGGCAACAGUUUCCGAAAUCGAAUUCGAAAAUUUCCUGCACUGGUGAACUGUUGCACCAUCGACUGGCUCCAGCCAUGGCCACAAGACGCUCUAUUGGCGGUUGCUGCUAGAUUUCUAUCAACGAUCGAAUUGACGGAUCACGAGAGAACCGCUGGAAUCAACAUGUGCCAAUUCUUUCAUGUGUCAACAGAGACUACGAGCUCUGAAUUUUUCAUUCGAUUGAACAGACACGUUUAUGUCACCCCGACUUCUUAUCUUGAGAUGAUAAACACAUUUAAGGAUUUACUGGGAAAAAAGCGUGAAGCGAUAAUUACUGGAAAAACUCGAUACGAACGUGGUUUACACCAAUUGGAUGAAACCCAUCGACAAGUUGCAAUGAUGCAGGAGACCUUGAAAUCUUUGCAACCGCAAUUAAUAACCGCCACGCAAGAUGUUCAGAAAAUGCUGCUUGACGUGGACAGGGAGAAGCAAGAGGUCGCAGAAUUUGAGAGGGUCGUCAAAAUUGAUGAGAACGCAGCCGAAAUUUAUGCCAGCGAAGCGGCGGCAAUCAGAACCGAGUGUGACGCUGAUUUGGCCGAAGCAAUGCCAAUUUUGAAACGCGCCCAGGCAGCUUUGGAUACUUUGACAACGGCUGAUAUUGCUGUAGUUAGAGCAAUGAAACAACCACCGUACGGAAUUAAACUGAUCAUCGAGAGCAUUUGCGUUUUAAAGCAAGUAAAACCCCAAAGAGUUCAGCAAGCUGAUGGCACGCAUAUCGAUGAUUACUGGAGAGCGGCAUUGAGAAUGCUGAGCGACGCAAAGUUUCUCGAUUCGUUGCUCAAUUUUGACAAGGACAACAUACCCGACAGCGUUAUCGAGAGAAUUCGUAAACACUAUUUAACUAAUCCGGACUUUGAUCCUGAAAAAAUAAAGAAAGUAUCAACGGCAUGCGAGGGACUGUGUCGGUGGGUAGGCGCAAUGUCUGAAUACGAUAAAGUAUCGAAAGUUGUUGCUCCAAAGAAAAAGGCUCUCGCAGAAGCCCAAAGGAUUUAUGAUAACGCUAUGGAAACCUUACAGACGAAACGAGAACAACUUCGUCAAGUGCAGGAAAAAUUAAGAGCGCUGGAAGAACUUUUGGAACAGCGGAGGAUAGCGUUUCAAAAUAUGUCCGACAAAGUGACCGACUGCGAAACUAAACUGAAGCGCGCAGAAGACUUAAUUGGAGGACUAGGCGGAGAAUAUACCCGUUGGUCAGAGACCGCGAAUUCUUUAGGAAAGAGGUAAAAUUUGUUUACGGGCGAUGUUGUAAUAGCCUCUGGCAUCGUAGCAUACCUGGGACCGUUCACAAUGCCAUUUCGUAUCCAACUAAUUGCUACAUGGAUAGAACGUUGCACUGAGUUGGGAGUGGUUUGCAGUCAAGAUUUUCAGUUACGUGAUAUUCUAGGGGAUCCAGUCUUAAUAAGAUCUUGGAACAUUUUCGGUUUACCGAGCGACGCAUAUUCCAUCGACAAUGGCAUUAUUGUUACAAAUGCAAGAAGAUGGCCAUUAAUCAUAGAUCCUCAAGGGCAAGCUAACAGAUGGAUAAAAAACAUGGAAAGACAGAAUAACGUGAACAUUAUUCGGCUGAGCCAAUCCGAUUACGGUCGCGUAUUGGAAAAUGCGUUGCAGUUUGGUCAACCGGUGCUUUUGGAACACGUUGGGGAAGAGAUAGACGCUGUUCUCGAGCCAAUUUUACUCAGAGAAACAUUCAAACAGGGCGGAGCGACUUGUAUCAAAUUUGGCGACGCGAUCGUUGAGUAUAAUACCGAUUUCAGACUCUACAUUACCACCAGAUUACGAAAUCCGCAUUAUUUACCGGAGAUAGCGGUUAAGGUAACAUUAUUGAACUUCAUGAUAACGCCAACCGGAUUAGAAGAUCAACUACUAGGUAUCGUUGUCGCGAAAGAACGACCAGACCUGGAAUCGGAGAAAAACGCUUUAAUCGUGCAAGGAGCUACGAACAAGAGACAUCUCCAAGAAGCGGAAGAUAAAAUUUUGGAAAUACUAUCGAUAGCCGAGGGAAACGUAUUGGAGGACGAAGAGGCUAUCGAGGUUUUGACGUCAUCGAAGAAUUUAAGCGAUGAUAUUCAAGUUAAACAAGCAGCGGCCGAACAAACGGAGAUAUUAAUCGACGCUGCUAGAUUACAGUACACAUCCAUCGCGGUAUAUUCAACUGUGCUCUUCUUUACCAUCGUUAUGCUAACGAAUGUGGAUCCAAUGUACCAGUAUUCGUUGCCAUGGUUCGUAAAUUUAUUCGAACUAGCCAUCGAUAAUACGGAACCGGCAGAGACGGUGGAGCAGCGGCUUUCGGAUCUGAUCAAGUAUUUUACAUUUUCCCUUUACACGAAUGUCUGUAGAUCCCUAUUCGAGACGGACAAGUUACUGUUUUCCUUGUUACUGGCAAUCAAUUUGCUCGAGCAACAGGGAAAACUUUCCCUAUCGCAGUGGAUGUUUCUGCUAACUGGAGGAAUUGGUAUCGAUAAUCCACACGCGAAUCCGACUACGUGGCUACCAACGAAACAAUGGAACGAACUAUGUAAUCUGGACGAGAUCGACGGUUUCUCGGGAAUUCGAAAGGCUUUAGCAGGCAAUUCCGAACAUUGGAAAAGACUAUUCGAUUCCAAGGAACCGCAAAACGGAACGAUCCCUUCACCGUUUGACCACUUGAACCUAUUUGAAAGAAUGUUGGUACUGAGAUGCAUUCGCCCUGACAAAAUCGUCCCGGCGAUACAAAUCUUCGUCGAAGAACAACUCGGUUCGCAAUUCGUUGAACCACCACCUUUUGAUUUAGCCUCGUCUUAUGCUGAUUCGAAUUGUUGUACUCCCUUAAUAUUCGUAUUAACGCCUGGCACCGAUCCGGCGCAGCUGUUGCUUACGUUCGCGGACGAACAGGGAUACACCGCGAAUCGUCUUUUCUACCUUUCUCUUGGCCAAGGCCAAGGUCCGGUUGCUGAAGAAACUAUUCAGAAAGCUGUGAUGGUCGGUAACUGGGUGGUCCUUCAAAACUGUCAUCUAGCUGUUAGUUGGAUGAGCACUUUGGAGAAAAUUUGCGAGGGUCUGAUGCCCGAUACGAUUCAUUCCGAGUUUCGACUGUGGUUGACAAGUUAUCCGUCGGAACAUUUUCCUUCCUCGGUUUUAGAAAACAGUAUAAAGAUGACGAACGAGCCACCGAAAGGUCUAAAGGCUAACAUCCUUAGGUCGUACAUGAACGACCCAAUCAGUGAUCCAGAUUUCUUCGAGUCUUGUUCUAAUACCGAACAAUUUAAGAAACUUCUCUAUUCGUUAUGUUUCUUUCAUGCUAUCGUACAGGAAAGACGGAAAUUUGGCCCGAUCGGUUGGAAUAUCAUGUAUGAAUUUAAUGAAACCGAUCUUCGUAUCAGUGUUCUGCAAUUGCACCUCUUCCUUAAUGAAUUCGCGGAAGUUAGAUUCGACGCCAUUAAAUAUCUGACCGGUGAAUGUAAUUACGGUGGCAGAGUAACGGACAACUGGGAUCGUAGAACUUUAAACACUAUUCUGUCGAAAUUUUAUCAUCAGAAACUACUCACCGACAAGACUUACUAUUUCGAUGACACCACGUAUGUCUAUUAUUGCCCAAAUGUUCGAGAACACGAAGCGUUUCUCGAAUAUACAAAGAAUUUACCCUUAAUCACUGAACCGAGUGUUUUCGGCAUGAAUGAAAACGCCGACAUUAUCAAGGACCAGCAGGAAACAAAUAUUCUAUUUUCCUCGCUACUACUCACGCAGGAGUCAGUUAAAACAGGAACUGGGCAAACUUCGAACGACGAAAUAGUAUUCGGCAUCGCAUGCGAUAUUUUGGACCGACUACCAGCCGAUUUCGACCUUGUGUUAGCACUUCAGAAAUAUCCAACGUCUUACAAGCAAAGCAUGAAUACUGUUUUGGUGCAAGAGAUGGGCAGAUUUAACAAACUUCUUCACUACGUCAAAAUCAGUCUGGAGAAUAUUCAAAGAGCCAUCAAAGGUUUAAUUGUAAUGUCCUUCGAACUCGAAGAUAUUUACGACGCGAUAUUAACGAAUAAGAUACCUGAAUUAUGGAGACAACACUCUUAUCCGUCUUUAAAGCCCCUUGGCAGCUAUGUUCAUGAUUUGUUACGUCGCCUGCAUUUUCUUCAAAAAUGGUACGACGACGGACCACCGAACACUUACUGGAUCUCCGGAUUUUAUUUUACCCAAGCAUUUCUCACCGGGACUCAACAAAACUAUGCGAGAAAGUAUCAAAUACCCAUAGAUCUUUUGCUAUUUGAUUUUAUCGUAUUAAAAGCGACCAAUGUCGCUGCCGUUCUUGGUCCGGAGGAUGGGGUUUAUAUACACGGAUUGUUUCUUGACGGUGCUAGAUUCAACCUGGAACACAUGACACUGGAUGAAAGUUUUCCGAAAGUACUCUACGAGAAUGUUCCGAUUGUAAAUAUGUACACACAUAGUGAACGACGAGGAGUUUUAUCAACUACAGGACAUUCGACUAAUUUCGUUAUUGCUAUGACUCUACCUACUGUUAAACCGUCGGAACAUUGGAUCAUGAGAGGAGUAGCAAUUCUCUGUCAAUUGUCCGAAUGAAGAAUGCCUGGCUUUGUUCUUAUGUUCCAUUAUUUUACAUAUAUACAUAGUUGAUAAACACUUUCAAAUCUGUUCGAUGCAAAUAUCAAAAUAACUAUUUAUAUUAGGU